AUGGCUUGUUUAUUUAAGACUGAAGUUGAAGAGGGACCCUUAAAAGAUCCACAGCAGAGAGCAGAAGAGCAAAAACACAAAUUCUGGUUUUGUUUCAACUCUACUCCUAAGCCAGUGUUUGUGGCAUGUAAUAAAUCCAUGACUGUUCUUGAUGCUCUUAAUAAAAAAGACACUUUCAAGAUGAAUGAGAGUGUAAGGGACAAAGAGAAAGAAAUGGUCAUCCAGAGAUCUGACGGCGCUGCUGUGAAAACAGAUUUCCCAUGCAGUCUUGUUGACAAAGAUGAAAUCUUAAAAAUAACCUUCAUCAAAAAGGAAAAAAAGGCUUCUACAGAGCAACAGACACAUGAAGAUUUUCCACUCCCCAGGACAGACUUAAUCACCUUUAAAAUCAGAACAACAGGAGGGAAAACAGUGAAACACAUAAUGAAGAACUCUGAAUUGGCAAACACAGCUGAUUAUGUUUGUGUUUAUGCAUUCAAAGAAGAGGAAGUUGAAACUGCUCUUAAGCGUGAUGGACGAUUCAUUGAUAAAAUAUUCCAGAAACUCUGUGUCCUCUCUUGGGAGUUUAAAGGUGGAGCAGAGAAGAGUCAAGGAGCAAGGUAUGAAAUGUCUGACCUUGCUGAGGAUCUUAAUCAGAAGACAUUUCAGAUAAUUGCUAUUGGUGACAGACGGCCUAAAACCCAAAUGAAACUAACUAAAACCAGUAGUGUACCAAAUUUACCUUCAGCUGCUGAUUCAGAAAAAAAUGACCUAAGCCAGCAUCCCACUAACACUAAACAAAAAACAAUUCAAGAGAGAAAGGCAAGAUCCGCAGGUCCUUCAACUGAAGGGAAUGCAACUCAGAAUACUUCUGGAAAUUCAUUCUUUACUGACUUUCAGAGCAUUUUGCGGACUGUAUUGAGAGAUGUAUUGAAUCAGCUAAACCAGCAAAAGAACCCCCAGGUUCAAGAGUUAUUGCAAAAAGAAUAUGAUAAAGGUGUUGAGUGUUUCACUGAGGUGAACAAAGUGAGGCGAAUCAUGGACCUGUCUGACUCUGUGUGUGUGAUAGUAGUUGAGAAUACUACAGGAACCGGCUUCUUACUCUUUGACAGAUUCAUCCUCACUAAUGCUCAUGUUGUUAAGGACUUUGUUUAUUCUCCACUGGAGGCUCCUCACACACACAAGCUUUCAAGGACUCUGACAGCUGUGUUCAAUCAUGAAUUUUUGGGAUCUGAGACAAUGAAUCUCCAAGCAAAGAGUGAACUUAUUGCUUACAGAUAUGAAAAAGAUGAGACUGUCAGGUACCAUGAUUAUGCUCUUCUUGAAUUGGAAGCUGCACCUGAGAACUGUACUGAACUGCUCAGUUGUUAUAAGCAUGGCCCCUCUCCUAACAGUGGUGGGAUCUACAUUGUAGGACACCCAGAUUGUAAGGUUAAAAAGAUGGAUCUCUGCUUCAUCAUUGGAGAAGCGAUUCAACUACAGAGUAUAAACAAACACAUAUCUGAGAAUGUUUCCUGUCCAUAUGUAUCAUGGCAAUGCUGGCCAAAUCUAUACAAGAACCGGAUAACUUAUGACUCUUGUUUCUUUCAUGGAUCAUCUGGCUCUCCGGUGUUUGAUGAACACUGCAAUCUGAUUGGCAUGCACACUGGUGGCUUUGCUUACAAAGAAGGUGAAAAAACUAGAAGUGUUAUAGAGUUUUCAUAUUCCAUGCAGUCCAUCGUGGAAAGCAUCAUCACACAGGUCAGGCCAAGAAGUGACAUCAUAAAAUUACUACAAAAUGAAAAAUUUAAACAUAUACAAGAACAUUUUGACCUUGGGAAAAUUGAGGAUGCAUAUGAAGCAAACAUGCCCAUUAAGGAAGAACAGCAGAUUGAAGAUGAGGAAAUGGAUGUAAACUAAAGGGACACCUGAGCCUUGUCUCCUGAUUGAAAACCCACCAAUCCAUCUGGAAAAAUAUCUGACAGAGAUUUGUCAAUCCCAUAUUUCCAUGUAUUCAAGAUUGAAGAUUUUCGUUUUUUAAUAACUUUUUAAAUAAGGUCAUUUGAUGUGAUUCUGCAAAUUCUGCGUGAUCAGCGUAAAGAUUUACUGGAAAUAAAGCACAAGAGAACCUCAGCCGAAAGGUUCUUCAGAGCUGAAUAUGAUGAAAGUGUUCCCCGUCCUCAUGUCUACAUGGACAUUUCUUGGGGAG